CUUAUUAGUAUAUCGUUUAAUGUUAAGUGAACCCUAAGGGAACCUUGCAAGAUGAAUGUCAAUCUUGGAGAAUACUUCCGGACAACUUUCGAGGAUAAACUCCUCGUAAAGAUGCCGGAAAGAGAAGAUGACCACCUUACACCUGCUACACGUCUUCUUGAAAAAAGGAGAGAAAUGGCAGAAGUUGAACAAGCUCUCGCAGCACAAAAAGAGGAAUUUCAAAUGAAAAUGGAAAGUUUACAACAGAGAAGAGAAGAAUUAGAAAGAAAAGAAUAUCAAUUAAAAGAAUCGUUAUUGAAAUUUGACCAUUUCUUAAAGGAUAAUGACUCCAAACGUGCCCGAGCUCUUAAGAAGGCUGAGGAUGAACGAGAUUCUAAAAAACAGAAAGACAAAGAAAUAGACAAAUUGAGAGAUGAAAAAGGUUCCUUGUUGAAAGAAAAAGAAAAACUUCAAACAAAAUUAGAAAAAUACACAAUAUUCCACAAAUAUAUGGAGAAGACACUGGAAGCUGGAGAGGAAUUUCAUGAAAUGAGAGACAUCAUAGCCAGGCAUGAUACUUUGGUUGCAACACACGGUGACUUGAUGGAUCGUGAAAAUCAGAACCAAGCUGUGAUUGAACAACAGAGACAGAAUCUGAUGAAAUAUAUAGAGGAGAAAGACAACCAAAUUCUCUCAUUCAAUAACCUCCUAUCCGGACUACAGACCCGAUUAGAUGAAGCUCAGAGUGAGGCUGUGUUCUGGGAAUCAAAGUGGACUCAUAUAAAAAACACGGCUGCCAAGAAAACUCUGGAGCUAGGCAGAAUAAAGAUGGCCGCCCACAAUUUAUAUCAGCUUGUGAAGAGACACCAGAAACAGACUGGUUCAGAGGAGGACACUGCAGAACAGCUACACCAGAUCCGAAUGUUUAUACAAGACCUUACAAUUAUCACCAACGAGAUUCGUCGGAUGGAACUUUCUGGCGCCUCCAUUGCUCCACCAUCCUCCAGUUAAACUCUACCACUGUUGAACCGUCGUAUAAUCUUCUAUAUCAUCACUCAGUCAUUCAGUGCAGUUUUGUCUGCAUAUUUCUCACACCUAAUGUUGACUUUGUAAAAAUCUGGAUAAAAAUUCCCCAAAAUUAAAUAAUUAGGUGUUACUGUUUUUUUUUUUUCA